AUUAAGAUCUAUAUCAUCUAGAUAUUUAGUCUUAACAUCUAAAUCUAGAUCUAAUUCUUGUAAAGUCAACAAACGUGAAACGAAAAGUAGAUUUGAUUAGAUAUAUUCUAAGUGUAACUAACCUUUAGAGCUAGAUCUAAUCUGAAUUUGUAGUCAGUCACUGAUAAAUAAUGUCUGAUGCAUACGAUAGAAAUCGCAGGAGAAGAAGGAGGGAUCGCAAUGAUUUUGGAAGACACAAUGAAGAUGUGUCUCCGACACUAGCAACUCCUGCUCCAAGCAAACCGCCAGUUACGAUUUUAGGUUUGGCAAAACCAACUCGAGUUCCUUCCACUACAGCUGUUGUUGAUUAUCCUGCCUCAAAUUUUAGCAACACUACCAGUGAAAUAGAUUCUUCUGACAGCUCCUUUCAUCAAAAUGUAAGUUUAGAUCAUGCUAUUGGUGAUACUUCAACAUCUGAUAAACCAGCGGUUGUUGUUUUGUCAUCAUUAUCCUCAGACAGUAAAAGCCAUUUGACCCCAUCAAAAUCAAAUGAAAUAGAUUCAGCUGAAGCCAGAUCAAAUUUAGAUGACAGUUUGCAUUCCUCUGAAGAAAAUGCAGUCUCUAGCAAAAGAACAACAGUUGCUAGUUCCGUUGGAAAUAUAAUUAGUGGAGUUAUUGACCAAGGUGCCCAGACUCAGCUGAAAUUGGCACCACCUCUAGAAAAGCAAGUUAAAAUCAAGUUAAUUGAUGACAGUUUCCAGUGGUGUGAAAGUGGAGUUGAUUUAAUGCUUGAACAGACAGAUUUUCUAGUGGUUGGCGCCAUAGGUUUACAAGGUUGUGGGAAAUCCACACUUUUGUCUCUUCUUGCUGGUAACACUCAUCAAGAUGCAUAUAGAAACUAUUUUUUCUUCCCACAAACAAAGGAAGCCAAGGAAGAAUGCCUUUUUCAGACCUCCGGAAUCGACAUGUUUGUCACAUCUGAAAGAGUUAUUUUACUUGACACUCAGCCAUUACUUAGUGCUUCCAUGAUGGACUGCUUGUUACGUUACGAAAGAAAAUUCCCUUCAGAAUAUACGUCACUACAAAAUUUUAUAGAAAUGCAGUCAAUGCAAUUGUUAACAUUUUUGUUAUCUGUGUGCAAUAUUAUUCUAAUUGCAGAUGACUGGUUUAUUGAUAUAAAUUUUCUAAGAUUAAUUCAAGAUGCUGAGAUGCUAAAACCAUCAACCCAACCUCCUUCAGCUACAGCUGACAAUAUCUCUUCAUCAAAAGAAGACACACUGGAUUUUUAUCCUACAGUCAUAUUUGUUCACAACAAGGCCACUCGUGAAGACUUUACUCCUGACACAUACUUUUCUAUGCAGCAAAUUUUGCAUAAAAUAUUCAUCUCCUCAAAGCUUAAAAUUCACAGCGGCAUUAACAUGACCAACAAUGCCAUACAUGAUUCAAUUAUUCCUACGCCUCCAGGUGCGGAGGAGGAUCCUGCUAGCAGUUUAAAUCUGCUUCUUAUUCCGCAGAUGGAAUUUUACAAGUCAGAACCAGAAUGGCUGCAAACAACACUACCAGAAUACAGAGGCUAUCCAAGCUUCAAUACCAUACUUUCUUUCUUUCGUUCUCAAAUAUUAUCAGCCCCUCGCUCACCAAUGACUCAUACAACACUAACUGAAAAGAAUUGGUAUCACUUUGCAGCCAGAAUGUGGGAAACUGUUAAAAAAUCUUCUUUGCUUGCUGAAUAUAACAGACUCUUGUCAUCUACUGCCUAGCCUACAGAUAGUAUUAUUAUAUUUGUUUUCAUUACUUUAGAAGUAGAAAAUUGUUUUCAAAAAUUACUUGGAAUUUCAUUAAUUAAAUAUUGUUUUAGAAAGUAACAUAUAUACCAAGUAUUUUAUUAUAUUAUUUGUAAAUUUUAAGUAAUUGUUAGUAUGGGCAAAACAUCACACCAUUUUUUAACUUCUGCUAUAGUGUAUGAAAAUAUUUGUUUAAGUGUGGCAUUUGCAUCGUUUUGUUUAAAUUCCCAAUACCUACUCCUUUAUAAUAGUAUUCUUUUCUCUUGAAAAUAAUUGUUAAUUUUAUGUCACAUUAAUGAAUCACAAUCAGAGGAGAGAGGUGUUUCUAAAGUAAAGGCUAGGUAUGAGAUGCAUGUGUUUCUCUUAUCACCUUA